GCUUGAGUAGUUAAAUCAACUAUUUUUUAUGAUAUUACAAAAAACAACAACCUUAUUUGACAUAUCUCCACUCAGAAAUUACUUUACAAGAUCUAAUUUAGCCCAAAUUAAAUUUUGUACUAGAUCUUAGGUAGUUGGUUACCAUGCAAUUGGUGUGUUCCUUAAUAAGAGCUAGAUAUAAUGUCACGGUAACGCCUACCAAUUAAGGAUCGAUGGGGCAACAACAUAUAGAUGGUGAUGAUGAUACGAUAAAAGAGCAAUAAUUAUGACCAUUGUAAAGCUACAAACAGCUACCUUCCAUACAUGGCUCUAGAAAUUAGGUUCGCAGAGAUGCUUGCAGUGGCCAUGGUGCUACUUAUAAUUUGCUUUUUCAGUGCAAUUGGCCGGCCAGUCUUCGGCAUGUGGCCAAAACUUCUUCGAAAUGUUCCACGCCUACAUGACUACGCAACUGAGUUUCUAAGACAACACGAUCUCACGAUUGAGUUCAAAGGCCCCUGGUUUGCUAAUUUAGAUUUCAUUAUCACUUGCGAUCCUCGUAAUAUUCAGCAUAUCCUUAUCACAAACUUUGCCAAUUAUCCAAAGGGGCCUGAAUUUAAAGAGGCGUUUGAAGCUCUGGGCGAUGGGAUUUUGAAUGUCGAUUCAGAUUUGUGGAGACUUCAAAGAAAGAUGUUUCAGUCGUGGAGCAGACAACAUAGAAAAUUCGACUCUUUUGUCGCAAGAACUAUACAACAAAAGGUGGUAAAUGAUCUGAUCCCGUUUCUUGAUCGAGUCUCGGACACAAAAACUCAGGUUAUGCUAUUUAUUUAUUACAUUACUAUUUUAGUUAUAUGCAUUAUAACUAACGUAUUUUUUUUAGUUGACUUACAAGAAGCAUUCCAAUGCAUGGUCACCUUCGAAAGUGCAAUGUUGCUGAUUUUCGGGCUUGAUCCGGAUCACCAUUCUUUUAAAUUCUCCAAAGUGGAAUACCAAAAGGCAUUCGACGACAUUCAAGAGGCUACCCUUUGUCGACACUUUCUACCGGAAAGUUGGUGGAAGUUGCAGAGGUGGCUUCAAGUUGGGUAUGAGAGAAAGUUAACAAAAGCAAGAGGAGUCUUUGAUGAAUUCAUGUAUCAAUGCAUCUCGAUAAAACGGAAGGACUUAUAUCAAAGUUGUGAAAGCCAAAAUAAAGAACAAUUUGUCAACUCUAAUGACUUGAUGACACUUUACAUGGAAGAAAAAGAAAAACCCUACUCCGACCAAUUUCUGAAGGAUGUCGCAUUGAAUUUUGUAGCAGCAGCAAGGGACACCUUAACUGCGGGUCUUAGUUGGUUUUUCUAUCUCGUAGCUACUCACCCAACUAUAGAAGCAAAAAUUUUAGAAGAAAUGAAAGAAAAUUUACCCACCGUAGAUGAUGAUCAUGACGAUAACAAGCAUAGAUUUUUUGAUGUGGAGGAGUUAAGUAAGUUGGUUUAUUUACAAGCAACAUUGUAUGAGACACUGAGACUAUACCCCUCGGUGCCCUUGAAUCACAAAACUGUUGCUGAACCAGACAUUCUCCCUAGUGGUCACCGGGUAGAACGAAAGACUAGAGUUUUGAUGUCCUAUUACGCUAUGGGAAGGAUGGAAAAAAUAUGGGGUAAAGACUGUUUAGAGUUCAAGCCCGAGAGAUGGAUAUCAGAGCAAGGUGGAUUUGUGUAUAUACCAUCUCACAAGUACACUGUGUUUAAUGCUGGACCUAGGUCUUGCUUGGGUAAAGACAUGGCUUUGAUCCAAAUGAAAGUACUUGCAACUGCCAUCCUUAGGAAUUUUAGUCUUCAAGUGGUGGAAGGGCAUCCUGUCUCUCCAAAAACUACUGUCACUCUUCACAUGAAACAUGGUCUUAAAGUUUGGGUUUUCAAAAGAAGUGCCUAAAAUU